AUGAAAAAAAUACAACAUAAACACACCGGUCAAACCACACACAACACUCCGCCAGAUAUUGGUCCAUCCGAAGGACAAAAUCCACCCAGAAAACAAAUGCAACUCCAUAUAUGAAAUGCAAAUCGUGCAAUAAAUCAUACAUCGGGAAUAGAGGGAGGAGCUUUAUUACAAGAAAAACACAAGAAGGAAUGUGAAAAGGAGACAACAAUGAGACAAACAAGGGCAAUAAAAGAACAAUCACAACAAGAGCAUCACAAAUCAGCCAUCACCGAUCACUGCAAAAAGGAAAACCACAUCAUGGACUGUGAAAAGGCCAGAGUCAUCCACACCGAAGAAAACAAACAUCAGCACUGGAGAAGGGAGGCCAUUGAGAUCCACAAGCGGGGCCCGAGGACCAUCAACAGGGACGAGGAGGCGUACAUGUUCUCUCCGACCUGGAACAGCAUCCUGGAAGACACCAAUGACCCUCUGGCGAAGGCAGAAGUGUUUGCCGAAACAUGUCGGUGUCCUUCAUCUGACCACAGCGUGCGCAUGGCGAGUGGGAGUGUCCCCUUGGCUGGCUGUGUGUCAGGUUUUGUCCACGCACGGCCCUGCAAGCACCACCACGGCGAUCAUUCCACGAGCGGGUGGCUCGGUGAAAGGAGCCCGACGGUGAGCCAUGAUCCCCGGACACUCUCGCAGCCUGCUCACCGCUGUCACCUGGGUGGUUCUCAUCUCCGAAGCCUCUCUCUUGUCAAGCCUUCAGGAAGAUGCCCACUUCGGUGAGGAGUGCUCAGAAAACAACAUAUCGACCACUAAGUACUCUUGCGUCAAAUCGAGUGGAGAAGUUGCAACAUGCUACAGAAAGCAGUGUUGCCAAGGCUUCAAGUUCGUGCUGGGUCAGUGCAUUCCCGAAGACUACGACGUAUGUGCUGGCGCUCCCUGCGAGCAGCAGUGCAGCGAUCACUUUGGCCGCGUGGUGUGCACCUGUUACGCCGGCUUCCGUUACCACCGCGAGCGCCACCGGAACCGUGAGAAGCCUUACUGUCUGGAUAUCGAUGAAUGUGCUGACACAAAUGCAACAGCGUGUUCCCAACUCUGCAUCAACACAGUUGGGAGCUUCCAGUGUGAGUGUGUUCCAGGCUACUUCCUGGAAGAAGAUGGACGAACGUGUUCUAAAGGAGAGAGAGUGCUGCAAAACGUCUUGGAGAAAUCUGACAAUGUGAUGAACACGGGGACCUGCUCGGCCACGUGUGACGACUUUCAGCAGAUUAAAGCUACUGUGUUGCAACUGAAACAGAAGAUGCUGUCAAGCAAUACUGAUGUUCCACAACAAUGGACCAACGACAAGAUCCCAGCUGCCUUUUUGACAGGGCCCCCCGGCCUGCCUGGUCCACAAGGAGAUCCAGGACAAAAAGGACAGCCAGGGCUUGUAGGACUGACAGGGCCCCCAGGUAGUCCUGGACCAAGAGGCCUGAUGGGACCCAUUGGUCCCACGCCAGACUUGUCUCACAUCAAACGAGGCCCCCGUGGACCUGUGGGGCCUCCAGGAGCGCCGGGAAAAGACGGACAUAAGGGGGAGAGAGGAGCACCCGGGCCUGUAGGACCUCCAGGUCUUCCAGGUUCGUUCGACUUCCUGCUGCUACUCAUGGCCGACAUCCGCAACGACAUCACCGAACUGCAGAACAAAGUAUACGGCCGAGUGCCCCUCUACCCGGGGGAAGAGCUCCCCGCCGCGCCCGGCGGCUGGCGAGACGACCAGGAAGCAGGCUCGGGCGAGGACUACCGUGAGACGCCGGCCCCGCAUUCCAAGAGGACCCGAAAGAAGAAGCCACCACGAGGAAGAACAAACCACAAUGGAUUCUAAAUACUCAAUGGAGGUGUAAAUAUCUUUUUAUAAUUUAUCUAUUUUCAUCAACAGACUGUUUUGUAUGCCUUUUGGAUCACAGAUAUUUAUUUUUGUAUGAUUUGUGCAAGACUAUAGCUAUUUUUUAACGUCUUUCCCAGCACAUUAAAAUGAAACAA